AUGUCUCACAUCUACCUGAACUCGACCAUGCUCCAGCAACUGAACCACACGGUCCAAGAAUAUGUGUCCGAUUGGAUGCGAUCUCAAACGCUACAUUUCAACAAUACUAAGCUGGUUUCCGAUCCCACAACGAUGAAAACCAAUUCAACUACUUUUGUUGUCACCAUUGUUGCUGCCUACGUUUUGUAUCGCUGGCUUUUUCCUGCAAUGCAAACUCAAACUACCAAACCUGUGACGUUUGAGCUUGCAUUGCCAGAGGCAGCUCAAAAGCACUGGAAAGGUAAAAGAAUGCAUUCUGUGUCUGGGAACUCUUCCAGUGGCUCCAGUGGCUCUUUGGAUGAUCCCCAACGAAUUCAAUGUCAUUGUCCUGCAACUGGACAAGUUCUAGGCUCUUUUCCUUCGAUGACAGAAAAGGAUAUCGACGUAUUGGUAUCAAAAGCUGCUCAAGCUCAAAAAGAAUGGCGUAAAACUUCUUUCGAUGAACGUAUCCAGUUUUUGGUGUCUUUGCAAGACUACAUCUUGGAAAACCAAGACGCUAUUGCUCGCGUUGCCUGCAGAGACUCCGGUAAAACAAUGCUGGACGCAUCGAUGGGCGAAAUCUUAGUCACUCUGGAAAAAGUUCAGUGGAUCAUAAAACAUGGAAAAAAGGCCUUGCAACCUUCCAAGCGCCCGGGACCCACCAACUUCUUCAUGAAAUGGUACAAAGGAGCUGAAAUCAGAUACGAGCCUUUGGGGGUUGUUGGAGCUUUAGUAUCGUGGAAUUAUCCCUUUCACAACUUACUCGGUCCAAUAAUUGCCGCACUUUUUGCAGGAAACGCAAUUGUCGUCAAGUGCUCUGAGCAAGUGGUGUGGUCUUCGGAGUAUUUUGCCAGCAUUUGCAGAAAAUGCUUAGAAUCCUGUGGUCAAAAUCCAGAUCUAGUUCAAUUAUGCUACAGUAAUCCACCAAGUGCAACUGACAAUGCUGCUAACCAUUUCUCGUCUCAUCCGCAACUCAAACACUUGACUUUCAUUGGUAGCCAACCCGUCGCUCAUCAUGUUCUCGCCGAAGCUGCCAAAAGUCUCACACCGGUCUGUGUUGAACUGGGGGGUAAAGACGCCUUUAUUUGUUUGGAUUCUGUCAAAGACUUGGAAGCACUAUCAUCGAUUAUCAUGCGCGGUACCUUCCAAUCCUCCGGACAGAAUUGCAUUGGUAUCGAGAGAGUCAUUGUAAGUGCCAAGAAUUACGACAAGAUGGUAUCAAUAUUGGAAAAGAGGGUUGGCAAGCUCAGAUUAGGAUCAGACAUCGACAACUUGGAAGAUGUGGAUAUGGGGGCUAUGAUUUCGGAUAAUAGAUUCACCCAAAUAGAGAACAUGAUUGAAAGCGCUGUCAAACAAGGUGCUCGACUGCUACAUGGAGGUACACGCUAUAAGCACCCCAACUAUCCACAGGGACACUAUUUCCAGCCCACUUUACUCGUUGACGUAACGCCUGAGAUGGAAAUUGCUCAGAACGAAGUGUUUGGACCUGUUUUGACCAUGAUGCGUGGACAAGACACCGAGGAUUGCAUUCGAUUGGCCAACUCAGCACCCUUUGGCCUUGGUGGUUCUGUAUUUGGCAAUGACUAUGCAGAAUGCAAUUAUGUUGCCGACCACCUACAGAGUGGAAAUGUCGCUAUCAAUGAUUUUGCGACUUUCUAUGUUUGUCAACUUCCUUUUGGCGGUAUCAAUGGUUCUGGUUACGGAAAGUUUGGAGGUGAAGAAGGUUUAACCGGCUUGUGCAAUGCCAAAAGUGUCUGUUACGACAAAUUGCCAUUCAUCUCAACUCAAAUUCCAAAGCCUUUAGACUAUCCAAUUAGAAGUAACCGUGCGGCCUGCAAAUUUGUGAAAAACUUCAACACAGGAUCCUACACAAGGUCUAUCUGGGUGAGGAUCAGAUCUCUACUCUCUUUGGCUAAAAAUGCCAACUGA